CCAAGCCUCCCUCCUCUAUUUAUGCUCCUCCCGGUUCCACUCUUUCUCUCAUCAACACAAGCAUCAAUCAGCCUUCAUCUCAGUUCAUUCACAACCACAAAGUCCGCACUCUACACUCGACAACGAGCUACUCUACUACUCUUCAGCCAUCACCUACUUCAGAGUUUCAUACCACCGACACACAGAGAGAUCAUGGCGGGUGCGGCUAAAGCGUCUUGGAUGGUGGCGAUGAGCGUCGGCGCCGUGGAGGCACUCAAGGACCAGGCCGGACUCUGCCGGUGGAACUACGCUCUCAGAUCCAUCCACCGGGCAGCCAAGGGCAGGGCCAAUGUCCACGGCGGCGUCUCGCAGGGCGCCAAGCAGCUUCCUGCCUCUGCUACGGCGGUGGCCGAGAAGCGGCGAGCAGAGAAGGCCGAGGAGGGGCUGAGGACGGUGAUGUACCUCAGCUAUUGGGGACCAAAUUAGCAGCUGUAACUUGGUAGUACUGUCUGUGUUUGCUGCAACAGCCAUGGCCUGGAACCACGAUGUAGAAACUUGGUACUAGCUGGCUUCCCGUGGAAUCCUCCAUUGUAAAAACCAUGAUGAUGAUGAUGACAAAUUUCUGCUACUUCAGUUCAUAUUGCUCCCCU